AUGGCGACACAAAUGAGCAAAAAGCGAAAAUUCGUCGCAGACGGAGUUUUUUUCGCUGAAUUGAAUGAAGUUUUGACCAGAGAGUUGGCCGAGGACGGUUAUUCAGGUGUUGAGGUUAGGGUUACCCCGAUGCGCACUGAAAUCAUCAUCAGAGCUACUCGUACCCAAGCUGUUCUUGGUGAGAAAGGAAGGAGGAUUAGAGAACUUACCUCAGUGGUACAGAAGAGGUUUAAGUUUCCCGAGAACAGCGUGGAGCUUUAUGCUGAGAAGGUUAACAACAGAGGACUUUGUGCCAUUGCUCAGGCUGAGUCUCUUCGUUACAAACUCCUUGGCGGUCUUGCUGUCCGCAGGGCUUGCUAUGGUGUUUUGAGAUUCGUCAUGGAGAGUGGUGCCAAGGGUUGCGAGGUUAUUGUCAGUGGAAAAUUAAGAGCCCAAAGAGCCAAGUCCAUGAAGUUCAAGGAUGGUUACAUGAUUUCUUCUGGACAGCCAGUCAAGGACUACAUUGACUCUGCAGUGAGACAUGUGCUCCUUAGACAGGGUGUUCUAGGUAUCAAGGUAAAGAUCAUGCUUGAUUGGGAUCCUAAAGGUAAGCAAGGUCCUAAAACUCCCCUCCCUGAUAUUGUCACAAUUCACACUCCAAAGGAAGAGGAAGAGUAUGCCCGGCCUGCUGCUGUUGUGGCAAACGAUAUUGAGGUCCCUGUCCCAGUUCCUGUUGCUUAA